AUGAGUGUCAAGAAACCGCCACAAACCAGGAAGCUGUCGGACACCCCAUCAUCCCUCGCCGCGUCCGUGGACAAGAAGGGCGGCAAGGAUGACAAGAAGAAAAAAUUGGUGGUUGCCUGCAUGGCUUGCCGGGCUAAAAAGGUGAAAUGCUCUUCGGACAAACCGGCAUGCAAGAACUGCCUCAGGUUGGGUGUUCCAUGCGAGUACCCGCUGAUCCGCAACCGCGGAUCGCGUUUUGGAUACUCUGGAUACCUGGAGAAACGACUUGGAAGCUUGGAGAAUUGUUUGCUCAGUCAGGACGCUAAAAAUGGCCUGAGCGGCGUCAUCAAGCUUGUCCCAGUAUAUCCUUGUCAGGCACAGUCACAACCGCCACCUCAGCAACCGCCACCACAACACGCGACACCACAGCCACCCUCGUCUGUGCCCCCGGGUCAUUCGCCCGAAACCCCCCGGUAUGCGGAAUCCAAUGCUUCAGACGAGAGUACACUCACAAUUAAGUUGCCAUCUCCAGAGUUGACGGACCACUUUGUGUCGCUCUACUUCAAGCAUAUUCACAAUCACACAUACUCUUAUCUUUACAGGCCACAUUUUGAGGAGAGAAUACGCAAUGGAACAGUCAACAAAGCCCUUGUCUAUGCCGUUUGUGGUCUCUGCUGUAGAUUUUCAAACCACCCGUUGAUCGAACCUGGAGCCAAAGACUAUUUGGGUGCCCAGUACAUCACACAAGCGAGGAAGCUGAUCCGAUCACAGCUGGAAGAGCCCGAUAUCGAGACGGUACAGGCAUCAAUUUGUGUCGUCCAAUACGAGUUUUUUCUGGCCAAUGGAUCCAAGUCUAUGAUCUACAUUGGCUUGGCUAUCCGCAUGGCUUCCCACUUGUCAUUAUUCAAGGAGCUGGAGGGUCCGGAACUUGAGACAAGCACUUGGCAGGAGAGAGAAUUGCGUCGACGAACCUGGUGGAGCAUAGUAGUUCUUGAUAGACUCGCGCACGGCACUAACUGGACACUGCUAAUCCCUCCAGAACAUUUCGAAGUACAGCUCCCUUGCUCCCGCGAAGACUUUGAGAACAACCGACAGACCCGAACUGUUUUUUUGGAUGGUCGUGAGUCCGAUAUUGCUCUGGAUGAGGAUAAGGAAUCAAAAGUGGCGUCGCCAAAAGAGUACGAGUACAACAUUUUCUCGCUGCACAUCUUGAUUGUGGAGGCUUGGUCGCGGGUUACUAAGUAUGCAAACGACGGCGCCUUGAGAAAGGGUGCAAAGAGUGGCAAAAAUGAUGUUACAGCGAUCAAGGAGGACUCCAAGUCCACCGAUAGUAUCAUCAAGGAAAAAAGCGCCACGCCCACAAAAGACGACCUCCUACCCUGGCAAAAUGGCUCUGAUUUCCAGACCCUUGCAUCUUUGAUUGCAAAGAUCCAAGAAAAGAUCCCGCCUCAUCUGCAGCUGAGUGCUGAGAACCUGCAGGCUGCCACAGUUCAGGGGAUUCAUGGCAUGUUUGUGCAUGUCCAUUGCGUAUUGCAACAGACCAUUUGUACCCUAUACCAGACCGUGUAUCCUCUCAAUACCUCUCUGUACACAACUAAACAAGUGGAGGCUAUCCCUCGAUGCUUUAUUGAGACGGCAGCUAUCAAUAUUGUCAACUCAGCUGGCGUUAUUUCAUCUGUAGCCCAGCAGUUGCUGCACCACAACAUGGUCCCUGCCCCGUUCGUCGGCUUCUGCAUUUUCUCGACAUCCCCCGUUCACAUCGCCAACACUUUCAGUCAGGAUACGCAGACAGCAGCUGCCGCCCAGCAUAAUCUCGCACUCAACCUCAGGUUACUCAUCAAUCUCAAGGACUACUGGCAGGUGGUAUCAAUGUGGUGUUCGACUAUCAGAGAGCGAUAUUCUGAGAAGUUGCAACAGGUGGAGGGCGGUCGUCGUUCUGGAAAGACCGAGGAGCCCCUGAUUUACAACCACCAUUACACCCCCACCAACGCAAAAUUCAAGUCUGGGGAGAUAGACAAGCGCAAGGUGGCCGCGGCUGCUAUGCGUCAAAAGACACAAACCCAAGAGAAUUCGGGGAUACCUAAGGAGGCAAACACUUGGUCCCAGGCUACAGCAUCCAUGGCAGAGACCAAGCCACCCAGUGUCAAAACCCCAUCCAUUCCGUCCACGCCUGUUUUGAUGAGCGUUUUCACUGAGAUGGGCUCCGCAGCCAACAACAUGUCGUUUGCUCUGCCUCAAGCUCUGCAAUCUGUGUCAAAGACCAACACCCCCGCGGCCUCCCCAAGGACUCAUGCCGAAGACACUGAUCUGAACAUGUUGAAAAAUGUUCUAUAUCCUAGCUUCUCAAACCCUCCCAUUUAUGGUGUCGAGGCUCCUGCUUCUUUGCCUCCACAGGUCAAUAUCACCAACCCCUCGUCUCCCAAGAACUGGGACCUGUUCCCAGAGUUGACUAAUGCUCCCACCGAGUAUGGCUUCCAUGACCUCGGAGAGCAGUGGCUACGGCAUUUUGAAAUUGGAGUGGAUGAUAUUCAGCGCGUCUUCCCAAGAGGGGAAGAAGGCUACAUGUAA